UUAAAAAGAAAAUAGAAAGAGAAAACUCAGACAUAUCUGAUACGAUUCUCUUCUCCCCUUACCGGUGAUGGCGGCCUCUACUUGCAGACCGUACGCUUAUUCUCAGCGCAAGUCUCUUGCUUCAUCCUCUCGCCCUUCUUACACCUCGACCUCAUCGAGAUUCACCUUCAACUUCUCCAAAUUUACUCCUCGGCCGCCCUCCAAAUCCCCUCUUUCUCUCUCCUGCACGCUCACUAGGGAUCCGGCUAUCCAAAUGGAGGACCCGGCUCAGUGGCUGAGACCCGAUUCCUUCGGUCGGUUUGGCAAAUUUGGCGGGAAAUACGUACCGGAAACUCUAAUGUAUGCGCUCACCGAGCUCGAAUCCGCCUUUCAUUCACUCUCUGCUGAUGAUGUUUUUCAGAGAGAAUUGGCGGGGAUUUUGAAGGACUACGUUGGAAGGGAGAGUCCUCUGUAUUUCGCGGAGCGGCUCACGGAGCAUUACAGGCGUGCCAAUGGCGAAGGUCCGGUCAUUUACCUCAAGAGGGAAGAUCUUAACCAUACGGGAGCUCACAAGAUUAAUAAUGCUGUUGCUCAAGCUCUGCUUGCCAAGCGCUUGGGGAAGAAGCGCAUUAUUGCUGAGACUGGAGCUGGUCAGCAUGGAGUGGCAACGGCUACCGUUUGCGCGAGGUUUGGAUUGGAGUGCAUUAUCUACAUGGGUGCCCAAGAUAUGGAGAGGCAGGCGCUUAAUGUCUUCAGAAUGCGACUUCUUGGGGCUGAGGUCAGGGCAGUUCAUUCUGGGACAGCCACCCUGAAGGAUGCUACAUCGGAAGCUAUAAGAGACUGGGUGACUAAUGUGGAGACGACCCAUUAUAUUUUAGGGUCUGUUGCUGGGCCUCAUCCAUACCCCACAAUGGUGAGACAGUUUCAUGCUGUUAUUGGUAAAGAAACAAGAGCACAAGCUUUGGAAAAAUGGGGUGGAAAACCAGAUGUGUUGGUUGCAUGUGUUGGUGGAGGUUCGAAUGCUAUGGGGCUUUUCCAUGAAUUUGUCAAUGACAAGGAUAUUAGGUUGAUUGGCGUGGAGGCUGCAGGUUUUGGCUUGGAUAGUGGCAAACAUGCUGCCACUUUGACCAAAGGGGAAGUGGGAGUGCUGCAUGGAGCUAUGAGCUAUUUGUUACAGGAUGAAGAUGGCCAAAUAAUUGAGCCUCACUCUAUUAGUGCUGGCUUGGAUUACCCUGGAGUUGGGCCUGAGCACAGUUUUCUGAAAGAUGCAGGACGUGCUGAAUAUUACAGUGUUACAGAUGAUGAAGCAUUGGAAGCUUUCAAGAGACUCUCACAAUUGGAGGGGAUAAUCCCAGCUCUGGAAACAUCCCAUGCAUUAGCUUAUCUGGAGACACUGUGCCCGACUCUCCCUAAUGGAACGAAGGUCGUGGUUAACUGCAGUGGCAGAGGGGAUAAGGAUGUCCAGACAGCCAUAAAGCACCUGCAAGUUUGAUCACUUGUGCAACUGCAUGUUGCCAUUCGUGUAACUUAGUCGGGUGAAUUAUGAACGAUUACCUCAUUUUUACUGAGAAGGUCCAGAAGUCUUAGCCUUAGGUUCUUCAUAUCUGUGGGGUAAUUUUAUUUGGCAGUUGAAGCUUGAUAGACAUUUUUGUCUCUCUCUCUCUCUCUCUCUUUCUCUCUCUUUGGAGAUCUUUGUGUACCAAUCUUGUCUGUGUUGUUGGAUUCAUUUCGCAAUAAGACACCGGUUGCUGUGUUUUGAAGUUGA